AAAUGCGUACCGGCUUAAUUGUGGUGGCCCUAAUGGCCCUUACGGCCACCGUCGGAGUGAAUGAGGUCGCUGGACAGAAUAUCAUUCUGGACGCUAUUAUGCGGCGCAUUCUGGAGAAUCUGCGUGACCUGAUGCGUACGGGCAAUCCGGAAACGGGUAUGCCAGUACUGGCCCCGUACCACAAUCCGGAUCUCUUCAUCAAUGCCAGCUUCGGUGGGCUGCUUGACUUUGAUGCUCGCUUCACACCGAUGAACAUAAUCGGGCUGGAUACGUUCGUGGGACGGCUGCAGGUCGAUCUGGCAACGCUUCGCUUCCCCUUCGAGUUCCGUUUCGCAGAGAUCAGUGCCAACGGGUUUUACGACGCAAACGGUCGUCUGUGGGGUUUGAUUCCGAUCUUCGGUAUUGGUGAUUUCUCCGUGCGGCCACGCGAUGUGUUAGCGACCGGGUUUGCUACCAUCACCGACAAUGGGCAGGGUUUCCUAAUGCUGUCCGACUUCUCAAUCAGCCUGCAGAUCGGUUCGCUUGAAAGCAACAUUCAGGGACUGCUGCUUGGUGGUGAUUUGUCCGAUCUGCUCAAUGCCGUCAUUCAGGACAUUGUACCAUCGGUACUGCGUAACUUCCCCGACGGCAUGACAAAUCUACUGAACGCGCUGAUCAUUCCGAUCGCAAACCGAUUCCUUGCUACUCGUACCAUGGAGGAUCUGAUGGGUUUGCUGUUCCCGUAA